AAGCAAAAACAUGACAGAGAGAGCGAGCUGAAAGACAGAGCAGGCAGAGAGAGCCCCCCUCUUACUCUUUCUCUCUCACUCUGUUCGGAUUCUAUUUUGCGCCAAUCAAACCAUCCCCACACAAAUCUCCAAAUCAAUCUCUCUGCCUCCUAAAAAUGCCAGCCUCCCCUUCCUUCCCGUCUUCAGACGGGCGCGGUAAAUGGCGCAAGCGAAAGCGCGACCCCCAAAUCCGCCGCCGUCCCCGCGACAACGACGACGAAGACGACGACGACCCCGCCGCCGCCGACGACACCAACAACCUCGACCCCGCCGACGACUCCGACCCCGCCGCCUCCGAUCCCGCCCCGCACGAGACCGAGGUCCUCGACGGCGGCGUCCGCCACCAAGAUUUCCCUCCCGUCGUCCUGCGCACCGUCAACAGGCCCCACUCCUCCGUCCUCGCGAUUGCGGCCGUCGAGCGGGCCAACCACAUUCACUCCUCCGGCGACGGCAAGGGUCCGGUGAGCCCUCUCGUGCUGGAGAAUGUGUCCUACGGCCAGCUUCAGGCCUUGUCCGCCGUGCCGGCCGAUUGCGCGUCGCUGGAUCAGGACCGUCCGGAUGGCGCCAGCUCCAGCUACGUCGUCACGCCGCCGGCGAUUAUGGAAGGCCGCGGCGUUGUGAAGCGGUAUGGUAAUAGAGUUCAUGUGGUUCCAAUGCACGCAGAUUGGUUUUCACCUGGAACAGUGCAUCGACUGGAGAGACAGGUGGUGCCACAUUUUUUCUCAGGAAAAUCACCAGAGUUUACUCCUGAGAUGUACAUGCAAAGUAGGAAUGAAAUUGUUGCCAAGUACAUGGAAAACCCAGAGAAGAGGCUUACAGUUCCUGAUUGCACAAAUUUAUCAAGCCAUCUAAAUAAUGAAGAUUUGACUCGAAUAGUUCGGUUUCUUGAUCACUGGGGAAUUAUCAAUUACUCUGCUGUCACACCAAGUCCUGAGCCUUGGAACGGGAAUUCCUACUUAAGGGAGGAGCAAAAUGGUGAAAUUCAUGUUCCAUCAGCUGCGUUGAAGUCGAUUGAUAGUUUAAUCAAAUUUGACAAGCCCAGAUGUAGGCUUAAGGCAUCUGAUGUUUAUAAGUCAUUGUCCUGUCAUGGCGAUGAUGACGACCCCUCUGAUUUGGACAACAUAAUUCGAAAACGUUUAUGUGAAAACCAUUGCAAUUAUUGCUCUAGUUCUCUUCCCAGCGUCUGCUACCAGUCACAGAAGGAGGUUGAUGUACUGCUCUGCUCCAAUUGCUUCCACGAGGGAAGAUAUGUUGUGGGCCAUUCAAGCGUUGAUUUUAUAAGAGUGGAUUCAACUAAAGAUUAUGAUGAUCUAGAUGGAGAAAAUUGGACUGAUCAAGAAACCCUACUACUGCUUGAGGCAAUGGAAAUCUAUAAUGAGAACUGGAAUGAAAUUGCAGAGCAUGUUGGUACAAAGUCAAAAGCGCAAUGCAUUCUUCAUUUUUUACGCCUGCCCGUGGAGGAUGGCUUGUUGGAAAAUAUUGAAGUUCCAGGGAUACCUUUGCCAUCUAAUUCGUCACAUAGAGAUGAUCAUGGAGGGUUUCAUCCAACUUCAAAUGGCAAUUCAGCAGGACCCUGCUUACAAGAUGGUGAUUCUGAAAGCAGGUUCCCCUUUGCAAAUUCUGGGAAUCCAGUCAUGUCCCUGGUUGCCUUUCUGGCCUCUUCUGUUGGGCCAAGAGUUGCUGCAUCUUGUGCCCAUGCUGCCUUGGCAGUGUUGUCUGAGGACAAUGGCUUGUCUACUUCUGGAAGUAACUUGCACGAAGGAGCUGGAGGACAUAGGAUGAACUUGGAGAGCAUGCAUGGUCAAGGUGGCGCUCUGGGAAAUACUGCAAAUUCAGUUCAGCAAAAGGGAGAGAACUCAGCAGGUCAAGGUUCUUGGGGUACAAAUGAGGCAGGGGCAACUCCAAUACCUGCACAAAAAGUUAAAGCUGCUGCCAAAGCUGGCCUUGCUGCUGCUGCAAUAAAAGCAAAAUUGUUUGCUGAUCAUGAAGAACGCGAAAUUCAGAGGCUAUCUGCCAAUAUCGUAAACCAUCAGUUGAAGAGAUUGGAGUUGAAGUUAAAGCAAUUUGCAGAAGUGGAAACUUAUCUAAUGAAAGAAUGUGAACAAGUGGAGAAGACAAGGCAGAGGAUGGUUGCUGAACGUACCCGUUUGAUAUCAACUAGGUUUGGACCUGGGGGAGUCGCUCCACCCAUGAACUUAGCAGGUGCAGGUCCUUCCAUGGCCAAUAAUAACACUGGUACCAAUAGGCAACAAAUUAUGUCAUCUUCAGCUUCCCAGCCAAGUGUAUCCGGAUACAGCAACAGCCAACCAGUCCAUUCUCAAAUGCCUUUUAUGCCACAGCAAUCGAUGCUAGGGUUGGGACCGAGGAUGCCCUUAGCAUCCAUACAAUCCUCCUCAUCAGCUCCAAAUGCCAUGUUCAAUUCCUCAGGGAGUGGUCGGCCAGCCCUAAAUCAUCCGAUGCUGAGGCCUGUCCAAGGUACUAGCUCCGGAUUAGGUUGAAAGAAAGCAGGAUAAAUUAUGGCUUUUAAUGGUUAUUCCUUGUGGUCGUUGCCUUCUGCACUGAAAUCAAAAGGAAAGGAUAAAGGAUAAAAUAGAUGUAAUUCAUUCAUGAUCCAUGUCAUACUUUGUAGUGUUGUUCAAUAUAGGAAUAUCUUAGCAGUAUGUAGCCUCUGUAUGUGCAUACCUUAAUUUUUACAGCUAAUUCAGUCCAUAACAAUUGUGUUCUGAAAGUGAGGCCACUUUGUCUCCUUUUCCAUAUAUUCUGGUUCAUAAGGGAGUAAUUUUACUUCCUAAA